UUUAUGUUAGGAAAUUGACUUUGAAUAUCUUUAAUGGCACGUAGGUCUCUAUACGUCGGUGGUCUUGAUCCACAGGUAACAGAAGAGAUUUUAUGGGCUGCCUUUGUUCCUUUCGGAGACCUCCUGGACGUCACUAUGCCAUUGGAUAACGAGACUCAGCAACAUCGUGGUUUUGCUUUUAUUGAGUUUGAGUUGCCAGAAGAUGCAGCAAGUGCCAAGGAGAAUAUGGAUGACUCGGAAAUGUUUGGAAGACGACUUCGAGUAGCAUAUACUCGUCCUUCUUCUAUAGGAGCAGGGAAACCACUAUGGGCUGAUACUGAUGAAUGGCUUGCUUAUCAAGAGAAAGAGAAGGAAGCAAAUGAGGAAGAAAAGAAGGAAAAGGAAAAAACCAAAGAAAAUACGAGUUGAAAAACUGAAAUGGACGAGAAAAUUUUACUGUAUAAUAAAACGAAAUUGCCAUGU